UUUAUUAAACGUAUGUUAAAAGUGACGAAAAUAUUAUAAUGACGACUCCCGACUCUCCGUCCCAAUCUACCGGGUCAUCCGAGGACACCCCUACACCAUCCCCCGGACCAGAAAAGAUAAAUAAAUUCAAUUUCCUCAAACACGCUCAUAAGGCGAGGAACAACCCGUUCCUCAAAGCACGACCGACACUCAACAGAGAAAGCUCUACAGCCGAAUUAUUUUCAAGAGAAAGCUCUAGUUCCGAUUUCUUCCAGAAUUCUAGGUUAAAUCUAUUUGAUACAACACCGAAACAAGAAGCAAAUGAUGGCUAUGGGAAGGGAGUUUCCUUCAUAGGUUGGCAUCAAAGAACGAAGUUGGAAAGAAUUCUUCUCGUUAUAACAGCUUUUCUCCUGGUGGCUAUUCUUCUUACCACCUGUUUAUUGCUGACCAUCAAGGGACCGUCCUAUAUACCUGUGCCACCAUGUUACAACCCUGAACCCAAAGAAGAGAGCAGCGUAUGUUUAUCAGGUUCGUGUAUUUACACAGCCAGCGAGGUUAUUAGAGCUUUGGAUGAAACACAGGAUCCCUGCGAGGAUUUCUACGAUUUCGCAUGUGGUGGAUGGUUGAAGAACAAUCCCAUACCAGAAGGGAAAUCGAGCUGGGGUAUAUUCAGCAAGAUUGAACUACAGAAUCAGCUCAUUAUUCGCUCGGCAAUCGAAAAAGUUAACGUAUCUGAUAAGAACAGCGCUGAAACAAAAGCAAGAAUAUACUACGACGCGUGCAUAGACGGGAAUGAGACGAUAGAGAAACUGGGUGAGAAACCUCUCAUCAGUGUGAUAAAGAAGCUGGGGGGGUGGCAUCUUGUAACGAACACGCUGGUUAAGCAGAGGAAAUGGGAUCUACAGAGACUCCUACAGGAUGUUCAGAAUACUUAUAAUCUGGGAGGAUUCUUCAAUUGGGCGGUUACGGAAGACGACAGGAAUUCAUCGAAACACGUCAUUGUGCUAGAUCAAGGCGGACUAAAUCUACCGACACGAGACAAUUACCUAAACGCUACAGCCCACAAGAAAGUACUGGACGCCUAUCUGGAUUAUAUGACAAAGAUAUGCACAUUACUGGGAGCUAACGAAACAGAAGCUAGGGCACAAAUGUCGAAGGUUAUACAGUUUGAGACGGAACUCGCGAAUAUAACCAUCCCAUCCGAGGAUAGGAGGGAUGAAGAGGGAUUGUACAAUCCGUAUACCGUGAAGCAGUGGCAGAGGGAGGCGCCGUUCUUGAACUGGUCGAUGUUCUUCAACGACGCCUUCAAACUCGUCAAUAGGAGUAUAUCGGAUAACGAGAGAAUAGUUGUCUACGCGCCGGAAUAUUUCAGAAAUUUAACAAGACUAGUAAGAAAAUACAGCAAGAGUGAAGAGGAUCAGAAAACACUGACGAGUUACAUGAUGUGGCAAGUGUCUCGUUCUUUAUCGUCGUAUUUGUCCAAAUCUUUCCGUGACGCGACCAAAAUAUUGAGGAAGGCGCUGUUUGGAUCCGAGGGCACCGAGGAGUCCUGGAGAUACUGCGUCACGGAUACCAACAACGCUGUUGGUUUCGCCGUCGGCGCGAUGUUUGUGCGAGAAGUUUUCCAUGGUGAGGCGAAGACUCAGGGCGAGAUCAUGAUAGACAACAUCCGAGCGGCUUUCAAGAAGAAUUUGAAGAAUCUCAUCUGGAUGGACGAGGAGACGAGGGAUGCUGCGGAGAUUAAGGCGGAUGCUAUCACUGAUAUGAUUGGUUUCCCCGACUACAUACUGAACAAAGACGAGCUGGACAAGCAGUACGAGGAGCUGGACGUAAGACCGAACAAGUACUUCGAGAACAACAUCGCCUUCAACACGUACAGCCUGAAACAUGAUCUAAGGAAAUUGGAUAAACCCGUCAAUAAAACUAAAUGGGGCAUGACACCGUCCACUGUGAACGCGUAUUACACGCCCACCAAAAACCAGAUAGUAUUCCCCGCUGGUAUUCUCCAACUGCCGUUCUAUGAUGGAGAUAAUCCCAAGAGCGUGAACUACGGAGCGAUGGGCGUUGUCAUGGGCCACGAGUUAACCCACGCGUUCGACGACCAAGGACGAGAAUACGAUAGAUUCGGUAAUUUGAACCGUUGGUGGAACAACGCUACCAUAGCACGUUUCAAGCAAAGGACUCAAUGCAUUCAGAAACAGUAUUCAACAUACGAGAUCGAAGGCCAGCAUUUGAAUGGAAAACAAACUCUCGGCGAGAAUAUAGCAGACAACGGAGGUUUAAAGGCGUCGUUCCACGCUUAUAAGGAGUACAGUAAAAACUCCAAAGUUAACCUCACUUUACCUGGAUUGAAGUACAACCACAGACAAUUGUUCUUCAUAUCUUUCGCUCAGGUAUGGUGUUCAGCAAUGACAAAGGAGUCGACGAAAAUGCAAAUCGAAAAGGACGAUCACACCGUGGCCAAGUAUAGAGUCAUUGGACCAAUAUCGAACCUUCGAGAAUUCUCUGAAGAAUUCAAUUGUCCCGUAGGAAGUAAAAUGAACCCAAAACAUAAAUGCGAGGUAUGGUAAAGGGUGAUCCGUCUAUAAAGGAGUUCAGUUGAAAUGGGCAUUAUUGAAAAAAAAACCAACAAUGUCUUUAUUAAAAUAAUAUUGCUUUAAAUAUAUACUAUUUAAUUUUAAUCAAUAUGUAGUAUGAAGUGCCAAACUGUUUUGCUUUUUUUUCCUAUAGUUUGAGAACGCUAUGCGGUGUUAAACGGGUAUUAUAGCUUGUAAUUAAUAUAAAAAAGCUUCAGAAAUGUAUAAUGGAUAAUAUUUCAAACGCACAGACCGGGAUGAAUAAUAAAUAAUAUUUUUUUCUAUUUAAUAUCUAUAAGUUAUAUUAUCUAAUUAAGUUUUCUAUAUAGUAUUUCUCAUAACAUAAUCGUUACCUAAAAUGUUUAUAUUUUCAGUACGUACUUAUUGCUAUAAAAAAUCAUAGAUAUGUACAAAAUUCAACAAAAAUAUCAUUGUAUCAAAAUGUUAUAUAAUCUGUAGUCUAAAAUGAGAUCACGUGUUCGAUGUCAAAAAUAUAUAUAUUAUUUCCUUCUGUUUUGUAAUGUAAUAAAAAAAAUAUAGAUAAUUUAAAACAUCCAAAGUUUUACGGACCAACGGUAACAAAAUAUAAUCAAAAUGCCUUCCAUCACUUACGGAUUUUAUUUGUGAAAGUAAAUGUGACUAAUUGAUGCGGCAGGCACCGCAGUUGAAGGAUACUAAAGUAAUAUUUUAUCUUACAGAGGGCGCUGGUCGUUAAAAAUUAAUUUCCUAAGUUUUUGCAACGGGCAACAUUAUCCUAUUGUUAAAUGAGUCACAUUUACUUAUAUUAGAUAGAUAUUUAUUUGUGUGAUAUGAUAGUAUUUUUAAUGUUUUUAUAGGCUCUAUAUACAAUGUCAUGAUUGUAUUAACAAAAAUAGAUGUGGAAUGCUUUAAGCGCUUUUUGUGUCUAUAUAUUAGAUGUUAGUGAUAUUUUAAAUAUUCAUUUAAAUCUUUCUCUUUCAUCUCGAUAUCAAACAAAAAGGAUGGUAUAGAAUUAUGCUUUUUCGUAGUAGUAAUCUCAAAAUUUAUUUAGAUUUAGGACUAAAAAUGCUAUAUCUCUUAUUAUUUAAAUUUAAAACUCUUUUAAGGUUAAUGUUAAAUAUUUAAAAAAUUCCAAUUAUUGACAAUAACAACCAAUGAUCAUCAAUAUUGAUUUCAAUAUAUUAUUAGCGGAAUGGUGUUAACUUUUACUAUCAUAAAAACAACAAAAAAGUCAAUCAACAAAGUCAUGAAUUUUAAGAGUACUGCUUUGUAUAAAAUUUAUUUAGUGCCAUCACAUUAAUUAAGUUUUUCUUUCAACAACAUAAAGAUAUACCUGUUAAAGUACAUAGACAAAUAAAUAAUUAGAAUUAAAUAAAUAAAAAAAAAAACAAUACAAUCAAUUAAAUAUUCAUGUAUUGGUCGUGCCUUUAGAUUUGGUAUCAUUGUUAAAUUAUCUGUGAGGCAAGAAUUAAUAUAACAUAAUAAAAUUUUUCUAACGUCUGAUUAAAUACAGUAAUUCAAUAAAUAAUUACACAUUCGCAAAUAUGUUGAUUUCGAAUAGAGCUAGUCAUUCAUGUAACCAGUAAUUUAAUAUUAGUGUUAAGAUAUAUAUAUACUAUGUGUUUAUAUUGAAAUAUUUAGAUGUACCACUUACAUACAUUAGAUACAGUCAAUUUAAGUAAAUAACUUUUUUUUUAUUAUUUAUAACAGAGUAUAUCAAAUAGAAAUUUGUAUGAUACAUAUCUCAAUCAUUUUAAAGUUAAAUUAUUUUCUAUUCGAUUACGUAGUUGUGUCCAUACAUAUAGUGAAAUAAAAAUAAAAUGAUUUGUGUUAAGUAUGCAUUGAUACUAAUAUAAUUAUUUUCAUUGUGUUACAUAAAUAUCUGAAAACUUUAUUUUUGUGCACCUUUUAUUUUUAUCGAUGGUAUAUAAAUGUGUUAGUUCAUUAAAUUUAUGUUUUAAAAAACAAA